CUUUGCAGCCGCAAAUAUAGCAAGACCUACAAGGUCCCACGGCGUCCCUUCGAGUCGGCGCGUCUUGACUCCGAGUUGAAGAUCGUCGGCGAAUACGGUCUCAAGAACAAGCGCGAGGUGUGGCGUGUCCAGCUUACGCUCUCCAAGAUUCGUCGUGCUGCGCGUCAACUUCUCACUCUCGACGAAAAGGACCCGAAGCGUCUCUUCGAAGGCAAUGCGCUCAUUCGCCGUCUCGUCCGUGUCGGUGUGCUCGACGAGUCGCGCAUGAAGCUCGAUUACGUGUUGGCCCUGAAGGUUGAGGACUUCUUGGAGCGUCGUCUUCAGACCUGCGUCUACAAGCUCGGUCUGGCCAAGUCUAUUCACCACGCUCGUGUCCUGAUCAAGCAGCGCCAUAUCCGCGUCGGCCGCCAGAUCGUCAACGUGCCAUCGUUCCUCGUCCGUCUCGACUCUCAGAAGCACAUUGACUUUGCGCUCACCUCACCAUUUGGUGGCGGGCGUCCCGGGCGUGUCAGGAGAAAGAAGGCCAAAGCGGCGGAGAAGAAGGAUGAUGAUGGUGAGGAGGGUGGCGAGGAGGAGGAGGAGUAG